AUGAAAGAGAUCAAGAAUAUAUCCACCGAAGAUAGAAGCGAGAAAGCCCGGGUUACCGAAGACGUCCCAACCAUGUCGAUAGGGCAAAAGAAGAGAGACCGCCAAUUAAUCUCCGAAACUCUUGGAGUGGAUGUGCGAGGGGGAGAUGGAUGGAAAGCAAAAAGCGAUAAUGCAGACAAGAGUAUACGUCUGGCGAAAGUCACAUAUAAUGACGGGGUGUUCAGGACGGAGAAAAAGUUGAUAUGUCCGAUAGGUGUCGAGCCGAUGGCGUCAAUCGAGAAUACUUCUGGGGCUGAAGAAUAUACUAGGAGCAGCAGUGGGCACCAGUUAAGUAUAAGCAAGAUUGUCAAAUAG